UCCGACGUGCCUGUUCUCAUCAUUGGCCCUCAUGUCUCGUGCGCCCCGAUCGGAUCCAUGCAAAUUGGGCCUUGUCUCUUUUGGCUCGUCGUGCUCAGGAGGCGAACUUUGGGUUCUAUCGCCGCUGCUGUCGUGUUGUGUUCCAACUUCUUUCCUUCCAUUUCUCCACACUCUUUUUACCUGGCCCUGACGUACGGUUCCCGAUUUUCUUUAUUUAACCUCAAGUCGCUCUUUGCCAGUCACGCCGACUCCCUUACCUCUCUUAUUCUGUCCUUUUGAAACAUCCCUUUCUUUCAAUACCCUCGCUCAAAUCCGAUUGACGAGGAACCUUGUCUUUUCGCUCUCGCUAUUCCCCCAUCUCUGCUUCUGCAGUUUUGAUUCUUUCUCUCCAAGAGAUCCCUCCAUAAUGCGUCUCACCGGAUUGCUUCCUUUCCUGAUGGCGGCCGCCCCCGCGGUUGCUAAGCGCGGUACCCUUGGUUUCGCUCUGGGCAACCAGAACGGCCCCGAGAGCACCGACUGCAAGUCUACCGAGGACUACAAGAAGGACUUUGAUGCGCUGAAGCCUUACUCCACGCUUGUGCGCACCUACUCCGCCAGCAACUGCGAUACCGCGGAGAACAUCAUCCCGGCUGCCAAGGCCAAGGGUUUCAAGGUCGUGCUGGGUGUUUGGCCCGAUACUAAGGAGUCCUUCGAGGAGGAUUUCGAAGCCCUUAAGUCUAGCGUUAAGGGCAACGAGGAUGUCGUCCAGGCCAUCACCGUCGGCUCGGAGGCCCUCUACCGUGAUACCAUGAAGGCGGAUGCUCUCCUGAAGCGCAUCCAGCAGGUGCAGGAUGAGUUCCCCAAGGUGACUGUCGGUAUGGUCGACAGCUGGAACAAGUUUGCCGAUGGCACUGCCGACGCCAUCCUCCAGAGCGGCAUCAAGUACAUUCUUGCCAACGGCUUCGCUUACUGGCAGGGCCAGGCCAUUGACAAUGCCACCAACACCUACUUCGACGAUAUGUCGCAGGCCAAGGCUCACAUUGAGGAGGCUGCUGGCCCCAACGGCAAGAACAUCCGCUUCGGCAACGGCGAGACUGGCUGGCCUACUAACGGCGGCUCUGAUUACGAUGAUGCCAAGGCUGGCACCAAGAACGCCGAGAUCUACUGGAAGAAGGCUGUCUGCGGCAUGCUUGCCUGGGGCGCUGAUGUUUUCUUCUUCGAGGCCUUUGACGAGGCCUGGAAGCCCAAGACCAAGGGUGACAACGGUGAGAUGCAGGACGAAUCCCACUGGGGUGCGUUCACCGUCGACCGCAAGGCCAAGUUCGACCUGUCUUGCCCUGACAACUAAGCAGAGGACAUGAAGAUUUGUGAUCUUGUGUUUUUGGGUUCCGUUGGAUGGUCUACUUGGACUGGGCCUCGGGUCUUUUUUCUAUGAUUCUUCUGUAUCAUAUACCACAUAUAUCAGAAUUGACAAGCGAUAAAGCGACUUUUUGAGACCA